CGACCAAUCAGCAUCGUUCGUUUGCUUCGUUCACUGCCUACGGACUCCUGUGUCAUUUGCAUUGGAAAUCAGUCGACGUCUAGAUUCCUUUCUUGUGACACGAGAUUUUACUUCUGCUUUGCUUUGAUAUAUGAAGAGUAAUAAUCAAGUUUUAGUUAAGAGUACAGUCAGUGCUCUGCUUUUGUGAAGAUACUUAAAUAUCAAAGAUGCCAAUAGCCAUCGUAGGUGCCGGCAAGAUUGGGCAGGCGAUAGCACGGGGAUUUGUUCGAGCAGGUCUUGUGUCAGCUGAUCGUAUAAUAUCCAGCUCCCCUAGUCGUGAAUGUCUUACAGAAAUGGGGAGACUUGGUGUGAGAACAACAUACGACAACAUGGAUGCUGUAAAACCUAGUAAUAUUGUUUUCCUCGCUGUAAAACCGAACAUAAUGCCGGCAGUUCUUGAUGAAAUUGCUCCAGUUAUCAAUGAACGACAUCUUGUAGUUUCGCUAGCUGCUGGCAUUACAAUUGAUUUUUUAGAACAGAAACUGCCAGCUAAUGCAAGAGUGAUUCGUGUGAUGUGCAACACUCCUUGUAUAGUGGGGGAAGGAGCCACAGUGUUCUCCAGAGGAUCAGCUGCAAAACAAACCGACUCUAUCAUUGUUCAGAAAUUUUUUACAAGUUUAGGAUUUUGUGAUGAAGGCGAUGAGUCGAUACUUGAUGCAGUUACGGGAGUCAGUGGAAGUGGGCCAGCAUACGCAUUUUGUGCUAUUGAUGCAAUAGCAGAUGGUGGUGUCAAAAUGGGGUUGCCUAGGCAUCUAUCAAUCAAACUAGCUGCACAGACAUUAUUGGGAGCUGCUAAAAUGGUGUUAGAAACUGAAAGCCAUCCAAUGGUUUUGAAAGAUGACGUUUGUUCUCCAUUGGGCACUACAAUCUCUGCAAUUCACAAACUUGAACAACAAGGCUUUAGGAAUUGUCUUAUAGAUGCAGUGGAAGUUGCUGCUUUGAAAUCAAAAGAAAUUUCUGUAAAAAAUCAACAAAAAACUCAACUGAAGCAAGAAUACGAGGAAGAUAUCAAAUCUGCUGCCUUUAUCCAAUAACCACCAAAUAUCAAUUUACAAAAACUUCUGUAAACCAGGGUUUUGAGAACUUUUUCUGCUGCAUGCCUGCAUGCUGUAUCUUCAUAGAACUGAAUUUAAAAUUGUUUUUUUUUUCACUUUGCUGCAUAAAAAUACUAUUUAUUGUUUUGCAAUUUGGUUCUACUGUUUAUUAAAUUAGCAAAACAUUUUUCUUUCAUAUAAAAAAAAAUUAUAUUUUAUCUCCUUUUACUGAAUAUUUAACUAUGAUAUGUGAAAUUGUAUACAUUUUCCAUAUUUACACAAAAUCUGAUAUCGAGAUAAUUUGUAUUUCUUACAUUGAUUUAUAUUUUAUAUCCUUUAAGCUUUUCAUUUCAAUGCUAUUCUUAAGUUUACAUCAUGGCUAUCCAUAAUUUAUUUAUUUUUACUUAUUUUAAGUAAUUAUACCGUUUCUUGAUGAAACCAAACAUCUUUGCUCCUGUGGAGCCUAUGAAUGUGCGUAUUCAUACGCAUUUGUUAUUUAUUAAUCGUUAAAAGGCCACUUUUUGAAAGUGUACUGCAGGUGAAUUUGUAUUUAGUUCAUUUCUGGAAAAUUUACUUAAUGGCUCUCGUCUUAUCGAGCUGCUUGCAUUCCUAAUACAUGUACUGUAGUGUGCCUUGUAUGCCAAUAUGACGCUUCACUGGUGCACAUGGAUUUGAUGUGAUGAUACAACUCGUUGACUAAUUCGCUGGUGCUACAGAAAAUCAUACAUUAAUAUAGAUAUCUUGAAAAUCAUCUUGCUAUAGUUGCACUAUUUGGUAAAAUAAAAUUCACAUUUUAUUAACAAAAAAUGUGUUAACUGCAGAAAUCUGGUGGCACAUUUUUUGUUUUUCAAAAUAAAAUUGCACAUUCCAGUAUGGGUGACUUUGGGUACAAUCAAAUGUUUAUGCCUGAUUUCCCAAGGGGUUGUGCUUGUGUGAAUUUUACCAAUUUUUAGUUUCAUCAAUAAUGCACCAAUGAAUUAGCAUAACUAGUGGCACGCUGUAGCGGCAUAGAGGGCGCACUACAUACAGAUAUAUUUUGUAUGAAAUUAUUUCAGUAAAACUUAAUUGACAGUGACCUGAAUGUAACUGUGCAAUUUACACAAAUGUUUUUGUAAGGAGUCGUCUUUAGACAAAUUCUGGAGUUAAUUAUUAAGAUAUUAUUGAAAGUGAUCAGUGUAUACCAACAAUCAUUGAAGUGAACUGGUUUUGCAGUUAAUCAAAUUGCUAUCAUGACUGUAAUGCACGCAGAUAAGAAUUGUAUAACAACUUAUUUCCAUUAUGUUGGAGACAACAAUAUUUUGAGUAUAUACAUCGAAAUUGUACACAACUUUUGAAAAUUAUUUUUUUCAGAAUAUGCUGAAUAAAGCUGUUUUGUAUUUUCACCCAGAA